AUUUUCCUUGCGCCAAUAAUUUAGCGGUGUCGGCGUAUUAUCACAACACCAUUCCAACCAUUCCAACGAACUUUCUGUUUAUGUUUUGCUGAUUUAUUUUACUGGUUUUUCCAUCAAUAUCAUUUCGAAUCAGGAUGGCCGAAUCUGACGAGGAAAUGUUUGCCGAUCUGGAAAAGACAUUGUGCGAAGGUUUAACCACUCUACGCUUCGAAAAAUCCGUUGACAUUGCUGAUUCCGAGAUCGAUCUCAGUUGUUUGGAAAAUGUUAAAGAUUUGAGUAAACUCAAUGGUCCAGCAGUUCGAACAUACAAUCUUUAUAAGGCGUUCAAGGCAUUCCAAAACAAUCAGUACCUCGACUCCAUUUACUUUGAGACGUUUGCGAUGUCAUUGUUUAUGCGAAUCAAAUUUCAUGCCAAUAAAAUAAUGGAGGGCGAACACCAUAUGCCCACCGAAGAUAAUCUGGCCAACUUGUUAGAACAGAAACACGAAGAACAGCCCGAAAUCAUCGAGUACCUGGAUCGUUUUCUCUAUGACAAGCUGCCUCUCACGACAAACCGAUUAAAAACCAUUGAAUUCGAGAACGGAACCGAAUUGAUGGGAUUGUGCCGCCAGCUUCCCAACGAGUGGACCGUCAUUCAACUGUGCAAAGCAGUAAACCCUGAAGUAUUUCGCCAGAGCCGUGACGAGCUACUGCGACAUCCUGGUAUCAUAUUUAUCACCCUGAUUUGCUAUCCAAUGUCUGAGCGAUUCGAUCAUCGGCCAAUUAAAAUCGCUUUGAACCAGAAGGAUUUACAGGAGUUAUACGAGUCAGCGCACGAUCUAACUACGAAUUUAAACGCCAAUUCGCACGACCAAAUAUCAAAGAUCAGCGAAAAGGAAUUUAACGAGACAAUUGUCAGCAAAUUGAAAAAAUUACUCGGGCCAUGGAUUGUUUGCUUCAGUGGGAAGUCGAUAUCGUCGAGUGACGACACUGAAGUCAUCGAUAAGCUCGAUCUAUUUUUGGCGCAGAGUCAACACCAAUUUUCCAAGCGACAACAGAUGCUUAUGUGCUUGAUUGUCCGUCGUAUCUAUAUGUUGACGAAGGAGAAUGUUAAGGACGCUGCGCUGUUCAUUUCCAAAACCAAAUACGAAUACUGGGAUCUGUGGGAUUUCUUUGAGGACUUGAAACUAACCAGCAAAAAAUCUAGUCCGAAUUCUUAUCCAGUGAUUUUAGUUGUCGACGAGCACAUCGACUUCAUGUUCUGGGAAAUGUGUAACGUGCACCAAGAAUUUACUCGUGUUGAUUCCAUGGCACUUUUGCUGAAAUUAUUUUUCCUUCAUCAAGACAACAUCUCUGAAGGUUACUUCAAUGUGAAAGGAAAGAAGGCUAGUGCCGUUAUCGAUCCAGAUCGUACGUUGCCCGGGUUUGUGGGGACGAUGCGUCCAUUUAUGAAAAUUUUACCGACUGUCUCCUGCAAUUUUUUGGUGGAUAAAGAACCAGAAUUUACGGAUCUCAAAUCGAUGCUUGGCCACUCGGAUGUUUAUGUCUACUGCGGCCAUGGUAGCGGUGUUCAGUUUAUUUCUUCCUACGAGACGUGUCAACUGUCCACCAACGCUGUGGUUUUUUUAAUGGGAUGUUCUUCGGUAGCUUUCCAUUCUCGCUGCGGGUACAGUUUAGCGACCGCUGCACAUCACUACUAUCAUAUUGCUAAAAGUCCAGCGGUUAUCGGUCAUUUAACAUUAACGUACGUAAGUUACGGAGCGAUGCUGUUAAGUAUUAUGUUGGGAAAGUCGUUUGCAAACGUGACCCAAUUGAGUGAUGAUAUAUGGGAAGCGCAUAAUCAUCGAUUGGGACGGGUUUUAAAGGAGAAUUUAACAGGCACAAAAGGCGGGACCGCCCUCAUUAAGUAUUCGCCACAUUUGUCGAACGUUAUUUCACAGAUAAGACAGAGAUGCAGCAUUCCGAUUUGCUUUCGUGCCAUACUGUGUCAUCGUGGUUUACCAGUUCGAAUGGAUUAAUAGGAAAAACGAGAAUUUGAAAUGGAAUCAUCAUGAUGGAUGUCGUCCCAUCACAAUCCAAUGUAAAUAAACGUGUUAUCGAU